AUGAUUGGAGUGUCCUUGGUAGUGUUGUGUUUUAUGCUGCAACUUGGGAAUACUGCUGAACACUGGCCCAACUACUGGAGCCCAAUAGAUGGCGUUGAUGUGGAAAUGGUUGAUGAUGGCAGAUCAGCUGUCCCUGCACCACGUGUUUUUGAUGAUGCUGUUGUGGGCAGGCGACAGUUGUACUUGGACCCUAAACCACCCCUAACUGUUCAACACUUGGAAAUGUCUGGCUUUGAAGCUAGUCCACCAGAUGCCAAAGGGACAGUGUUGAAUGAUGAGACUCUAGUGAGCAGUUGGGUGCCCAUUGAACCCAAUCCCAUGAAAGGGGAACCUUUACAUGAAUACAAGCCACCAGCCUUGAAGACAGUCAAGUUGGACAAGUUUGCCCAAGAGGAAGAAGACAGUGUUGGGACUGCUUCCAUUAUUCCCAGGCCUUUGGGGGACCAGGCUCCUUUUUUACUGGCCUCUGCUGGGCUCUUGGACUCUAUGCAUGCUGCUGAUUCCAGAGAACAAACAGAGCCUGUAAUAUUUGAUGACAGACACCCAUAUUAUGGAGCUGGAAGGAUAAAGCUGGACUCAACCCUAAAGGACCGCUUACCAACCUUCACCAACUCCCAGGAGACCCUGUACAACCCUAACCCAUCCCUGCGCAGAACCACCAUCCUGCCAUCAAUCACAGACCAAGAGACCAUUUCACAGGACCCUGUUGAGACCACUACAUCCAGACUAAUUUAUCAAAGCCCACCACCAAGACCCAAGACCACUAGUCCAACUACCAAGACAACAGAGGAUGAGUCUCUUCUGUUCCAGCCUCAUGCAUCUGUGAGACCUCUCAGGUUCCCAACAGAAAAGCCUUCCAGAAGACCUUCUCUAAGCACCAUUGAAGAACUUUCCAAAGCUGUUCAACCCUUGGUCUCCUCAGUGCCUUUUGUCAUAGUCCAGGGUCACUCCAAAGUGAAAAUGUAUGGCAUGAACACACUAGAGGGCGAUUCUUCAAAAAAGCAUACCCCUGGAAGCAAAACUGAUUUGGAGGACAAACAGAAAGCAAAAGAAGAGGAUGAGGCAGAGGAAAAAGUGAAUGCAUCAACAGAGAGUGAGGCUGGUGUGGUGAGACCUAUUGCAACCAAGAAACCCAAACCUGCAAAACCCAGUGAAGUAAGGUUCCCUGAAGAACAGGAGGAGAAAGAAGUGAAAAAAGUGCGCAAAGGGCCAAAGAGACCCAAUGACCAAGGACAAUCACAGCAAAAGCAGCAGCAGCAACAACAACAACAGCAGCAACAAUCAAAGAAGCCACCACCAGCACAAGGCAGACCAACAAGACCAGUGUUCUUCACCAAGAGGAACCCAGGUGGGGCCCAACUGACCCACAGUAACCCAUUUGAAUACUUUUCUCAACUAGCCAGACUCACAGCUUCCAGGAUCAGAACCCCUGUGCCCAAACCAAGUGAAGAACCUCUCAAGCCAAGGACAGGAUAGAAUCAAAAGUAGCCUGAGGCAAGCAAAAAAAAAAAAGG